AAGUCACGGCGAUUGCAUGCUGAGUGGCAAAGUCACGUUCAAAGCCGUCUCGGUGUCCCAGCCCGCCAUUGGGUCUGAAUUGAGAGUUGGACGGCGAUCCAGGCAGCCUGGUCACGCAGAGGUAGAGGCGGCGGAGAAAAAGGUUAGCCGGCAGGAAGCGGAUUAACCACAGUCACCCCUCCCUAACCUUCCAAGCUGCCAUCAUAGCGCAUGAGGAUGGGGAAGCAAGAUGACAGGGGGAAGAAUCAGAGCAUCGGGAUGAAUAUUCUACCAGGAGGGGGAGUAGCAGAAAGCCGACCCACGCACAACGGAGUGCAAGAGUGUUGCAGUAGCGGCGAGGGCGGCAGCAGGGAAGCGGACCGGAGCAAGGGCACCGCCAAAUGUAACACCAACGGAGAGUACAGCCCCGGAGGCACCGUUCACCCGCCUCCCAGCGCCUUUCACCGGGAACAGCCCGCCGCCAUGGAAGGCAAGACCAAACAGAGCUACGGCGCGGAGCAGAAAGCGGACGGCAGUGUGGUGUCGGUGGGGCAGAGGAGGGAGGUGGGGGAUGAGGCGGAUCUGAGCCGGCAGCAGCAGCAGCAGCAGCAGCAGCAGUCAUCACAACAGCUGCAGCAGCAACAGCAGCAGCAGCAGCAGCAGCAGAGCGACAAGGAGCAGAACUCGGUGGGAUUCAAGAUCGAGGGGGGUGCUGCGGGAGACGAUCCGAUGCUCGGGCAGGAUGGCAAUGACAUCCCGCAGUACAGCUCCAUGCAGAGCCACUUCACCGCCCUGCUCCAGCCGGGAGUCAACAAGUUUUCCCUGCGGAUGUUCGGCAGCCAAAGGGCGGUCGAGAAAGAGCAGCAACGGGUCAAAACGGCCGGUUAUUGGAUUAUACAUCCGUACAGCGAUUUCCGGUUUUACUGGGAUUUGGUAAUGCUGCUGCUUAUGGUUGGAAAUCUCAUCAUUAUUCCAGUGGGGAUCACCUUCUUCACGGAGUCGACAUCCACCGUUUGGAUUAUUUUUAAUGUUGCAUCUGACACGUUCUUCCUUUUGGACUUGAUAGUCAAUUUUAGAACUGGAAUUGUUGUGGAAGACAAUGCUGAAAUCAUAUUGGACCCAAAGGUGAUCAAGUGGAAGUACUUGAAGAGCUGGUUUAUCCUAGAUUUUGUCUCUUCUAUACCAGUGGAUUAUAUAUUUCUGAUUAUAGAAAAAGGAUUUGAUUCUGAUGUUUACAAGACAGCUAGAGCACUGAGAAUUGUGAGGUUUACCAAAAUUCUCAGUCUCUUACGCUUAUUACGGCUUUCAAGACUUAUUCGAUAUAUACACCAGUGGGAGGAGAUAUUCCAUAUGACAUAUGACUUUGCCAGUGCUGUGGUGAGAAUAUUUAACCUCAUUGGAAUGAUGCUUCUCUUAUGCCACUGGGAUGGUUGUCUCCAGUUUCUAGUUCCAUUGCUUCAGGAUUUCCCCCCUAAUUGUUGGGUGUCUCUAAAUGGUAUGGUUAAUGAGUCAUGGGGGAUGCAGUACUCCUAUGCACUGUUCAAAGCUAUGAGCCAUAUGCUUUGCAUUGGCUAUGGAGCUCGGGCACCAGUGACGAUGUCUGAUCUCUGGAUAACCAUAUUGAGCAUGAUAGUGGGAGCCACGUGCUACGCAAUGUUCGUGGGCCACGCGACAGCCCUCAUCCAAUCCCUAGAUUCCUCAAGACGACAGUACCAGGAAAAGUACAAGCAAGUGGAACAAUACAUGUCCUUCCACAAGCUCCCCGCUGAUAUGCGGCAGAAGAUUCAUGACUACUAUGAGCACCGUUACCAAGGCAAGAUCUUUGACGAGGACAGUAUUCUGGAGGAAUUGAAUGAUCCACUCAGGGAGGAGAUAGUCAACUUCAAUUGCAGGAAGCUGGUGGCCACCAUGCCCCUGUUUGCAAAUGCUGACCCAAGUUUUGUGACAAGCAUGCUGAGCAAGCUGCGAUUCGAGGUGUUCCAGCCUGGAAACUAUAUUGUGCGGGAAGGGACGAUCGGGAAGAAAAUGUAUUUCAUUCAGCACGGGGUGGCUACUGUCAUCACUAGAUCCAGCAAGGAAAUGAAGCUGUCAGAUGGCUCUUACUUCGGAGAAAUAUGCUUGCUAACAAAAGGUCGGCGUACGGCCAGUGUGAAAGCUGACACCUACUGUCGACUGUACUCCCUCUCCGUGGAUCAUUUCAACGAAGUGCUGGAGCAGUACCCAAUGAUGCGAAGAGCAUUUGAAACUGUGGCAAUCGACAGACUGAACAGAAUUGGAAAGAAGAACUCACUCUUGCUACACAAGGUCCAACGAGAUUUGAACACAGGUGUUUUUGAUAACCAAGAGACAGAACUACUCAAAAAGAUGGUGAAACAAGACCGGGAGAUGGUGCAAUUCUCAGAAACCCCCCUUAGUGCAUCAUUUGGGGUAUUUCCUCCAUUCUCUGGCAACUCAGUCAUCAGAGCUUCUCUUCAGUCGCAGCCACCAAAUAUAGCUCAGUUAGAUUUUCAGCACAUUUCUUCACCAAGCUUAAAUACCUAUUCACCUUCUUCUCAAACAUCCACGAGGCCACCUCAGCUGGUUCCGACUGUAACCAACCAGAAUUCCCCCAUACCCAGCCCACAGACAAUGGCUCUGUCACCCAGCUCUUUUACUGGUGCAGUUCCAAGUCCUUCUGUUCAGAGUCCAUUGGCAGGCCGAACUUUCCAAUAUGGUUCACCAAAUGUAUCACAGAUGUCCUUGAUGCAACAACAGCCAGUGCGCAGCCCUGCCCGAAGGCGUGAUUCUAACAAAAGCACACAGGGUUUGCAAACAAGCAGCUUCAGCAAAGAAGUAAGACCACUCUCAGCAUCUCAACCUUCUCUGCCUCAUGAGGUGACACCAAUGAUUAUCAGACCACAUCCAUCCUCUGGAGAACCACUAGCAGCAGUUACUGCUGUCCCAACCAUGCAAAGUCCAGGACCUCAAGGAGGCAUGCGAAGCACUGUUCCUCAAAGAAUGACCCUCUUUCGACAUAUGUCCUCAGGAGCAAUACCACCACUUCGAGGGACACAAGCAGCUCCACCAGCCCCAAAAAAGGAAACAUCUGCAGUCUUAAAUACAGAUACUGAUCAAGGAAGACCACGAUUUCCCUCUAAUUUAUGACCCUAACAAUGUUAUUUAAUGCUGACCCUGUUAACAUUGAAUGCUAAAAACCCUACUACAAGGCAACGUCAUUGUUCAUGAGGAUAGUCUUAUCAUCUUCUGACAGAUUGGACAUUGCUGUCCUCAUGACACGCACAGCUCAACGAAUGUAAAAUAUAACAGAAUUAAAGAUUAUGAACCCUAAUUUUCAGAGUUCUAAUUAGUAAAUUACAAGUCUUCCUUCCCUAUGGAUUUUGAACACAUUGAAUUGUUUUCUAAACUCUUGUAAAAAUAAAAUUAGAGGAACAGUAGCUCAACGAUAAUGUUCAUCCAGUUGAUGAAAUGAAAGUCUCUGAGUGCACAGCAAUGCAAAUCCAGUUUGGGACUGAGUUUUUAAAGUGUUUCAAUGCUGCUCUGUAAGCAUCACCUACACCAUACAGUGUUUCUUGCUGGAGAACUACUCAUCAAGACAUUGUGUCCUUUAUCAACAAAGCAUGGAACAUCGAAUAUGUUUUGCAAUGAACUUUCAAUAGGUAAUUCUGUAAAUUCUGUUCCAGUAUUAUUCUGGGUGAUAAUUCUGCAUGUUCACUGGUGGACUAUGGACCAAGGUUAAACCAACCUGACAUCUCUGCUAAAAUAGAUGAGACAUUCCUCAUUUUAGCUUCAGUGUUAAAUGUAUGCUGCAUUUCAAUGGAUUCAGCUAAUGGACAUUUACCGUCAACAUAUAUGUGGAGAAAAGGAAACAUCCAUGUCUUUGAUGUUAGUAUAAAUGAAAAUUUGCUUAUUGUGGUAACUGAGACUUUUUCAUUUCCAUUCCUUUUCGCCCUCUCAUUUUCCAUUGCUUUAAAAAAUAAAUAAGUUGUAGACCUGGAAGGUUGUUAAAAAAUGCUGACAAAGGCAGCAUCACAUGAUGUUUGUAAGUAAAAUGCUGCACAACUUUAAUAUUGCAAUGUCUUAUUUAUUUAAAUUAAUAGGUUUUUUUUGGUUAAAUAACACCUCCAAACAGUCAAACUAGUCUUUUUCCUUUAAUUUGUUUCUUCAUUUUCACUGUAAUGGGUAACUUACCAAGUUUGCUCAAAAUUUGCAAUUUUAGUAAACAUUUCCAAUUUGUUCUGUGUAUGAUUCAAGAAACAACAUUAAAGACAAGAUUUAAAGCCAUAAUCUCAUGAUUUUAUUCAUAUUUUAAAAUUCAAUAAUAUGUAUGUUUAGUUCUUUCUGCUUUCUACAAAUGUAUUUGUGAACUUUUGUUUUUGAAAUAACCAAGGUCAUUCUCUUAAUCGAGAUCUAGAUGAUCUUAAAAAAAAUCACAUUAACCUUCAGGGUGAUUUGGUUCUUUAUCAAAUUUAACUCAUUAAUGAAUGACAGAUUGAAAGACAUGGAUAUAUUUAUUUCCUUCAUCAUUUCCCCUGUACCAAUUCCCCUCAAAACUGAAAGAAAAAAGUUGUAUAUAUUUUUUGUUGAAUGAUACAUAUGACUGAAACGAUGUUGUUAUUUUAAUUUGCUUGCUACAUGAGAGAAUAUGGCUUUAACUUUGCUUAUCAUAUGCAGUACAAAUAGCUACAUAUUUUUGGAAUGCAAAACACUGAUUUAUUAAAUCGAAAUCAAAUGGAACAAAUAAAGGAAAAAGGAUUUAUUUAAAUAGGAAAUUGUGUUUUGUGAGGUUUUUUUCUGAUGUCUUUGUCUUCUUUUAACAAGCUUUUGUUUUCCUCAUUAUUUAUUUUGUAAAGUUUAACUUUACGAAUAACAUUUCUUGAGCUAUUGUGUGUCUAAAUUGUAGUAAUUUUACACAUAUGUAUACAAAUGAAAGUUUUAGAAAGAUCUCCAUCUUGAUAUCAUGGAAUUAUGUUAGAAUUCCAGAAACUGAAAUAUUUACUAUUUUGCUUACAUGUUAAACUUUGGGAAAGAAAGGGCAGGGAUCACAAGCUAAGGGGUUAAGGGUAUCGUUUAUCUUUGUAAAAACAGAUUUAUGUUUGUCACAGAUGGCACCGAUUAAUGUAUAUAUUAAUAUAUGUGCAGAAAUUGAAUAGGAUUAAUAUAAUGUAAAAUAUAAAAGAUAUAUAUUACAUAUAGAUAUAUAUAUACAUAUAUAUAUAUGCCUAUUCUGAAUCCUGGUGUUGACACCAUGACCUCUAAUAGUUCGUCUUUGUAUACAUAUAUUUGCAUUGAGAUAUGAUUAUCCCACACAACUUCAUUGUAGUUCUCCUGUUCAUUAACUGCACACGGCAUAACAGUUGAUGUUUGUUUGUACACUGUUGGACACUGGUGCUAUGGGAAGAAACAAUGAAUGUAAAAUUCUUGUGGAAGGGCAACCUAGUCAGUGAACAAGCCAAAUUAUUUUUUGCUAUCUUUGCUUGUACUGAAACUUUAAAGA